AAGCUAUUUAGUCUUUAUGGAAUAGAGAGACUUUGCUUCAAGAGAAAGGAAUUGUCAAACUGUCGAAUGAUUUGGUCUUUUGUAGGAUUUAGAAUAGUAUUUGAAUAGUUGUGUUUUGUUGGAAAUAAGCUUGUUGUGUCUUAGGUAUACUAGCCCUUGUUGAUUCAGAUGCUUCUGAAUGAAGAAAAGACUAUAGUAGAGGAAUUGCAUUAACUCAGUCAAUCGACGAAGCAUGAUUUUGGUCCAGGUAUUUAUUCGCUUGCCAUAUACACAUUGAAGAAUAUUGCAUAAAGAGCUGAAGAAACACAAAAGGAUUUAUAUCUUUGUUUCAUCAAUUAUACAAAGUCAUUUGACACCCUCAACUAUGAAGAACUAACGAAAAUCCUCCAAAAACUAGAUGUGGUUGGUAAGGAACUAACAAAUCAUCAAAAACCUCUAUUGGUAACAGACGGUGGCCAUCAGACAUGAUGAUGAAAUAGGGCAACCUGUAAAGAUAAAGGUGUAGAGAGGGGAGUGCGUUAGGAAUGUGUUUUCUUCAGACCUAUUCUCAAUCUGUAGUGAAUACAUCAUGAGAGUAAUAGAUGAACUUCCAGGAAUUAAGAUUAAUGAUAACAUCAUAAAUAAUAUUCGACUUGCAGAUGACACAGUGUUAAUUGCGACAUCAGAAAAAGAUCUGUAAAUACUAGUAAUUAUAGUAAAAAAGAAGAAAGAGGACUGAGUCUCAGUGCCGAUGAAACGAAGACAAUCGUGGUAUCUAAGAGAGCAGAAAAUCUCAAAUGCAUCAAGAAGAUAAAAAAAUACAAAGUUAGAGCAAGUAAGUACCUUCAAAUACCUGGAAACUAAAAUUAGUAGCGAUGGAAGAUCAAUCACUGAAAUUAAGAACAGAAUCGCACAGACAAAGAAAGCUUUCACAGACAUGAAGAAAAUGCUGACCAACCAAGGGAUCUCCAUUACAACAAAAAUCAGAGCACUGAGAUGCUACAUAGAGCCCAUUCUAACCUAUGGAUGUGAAGCAUGGACGAUCAGCAAAUCAGUGGAAGCAAAAAUCAACACUGAAGACGUGUAUUUCUUAAGAAGAAUGAUAAAAAUGUCAUAUACAGAAAAAGUUACCAAUGAAGAAGUGCCAAGAAGAACGAAGCUUGAAAAACACGCAGGUUUCUUUGAUCACAUAAUGAGACGAACUCCAGCACAUGACUACAACAGGAAAUCAGGAAAGGAAAAAAGGCAGAGAAGGCAAAGGGACAAACACAUAGAUGGUCAGUGUAAGUGACUAGCUGCUAAGUCGGCCAAAGAAGAUCGAAAAGGUGGAUCGUGAAAAGGAGGAAAUAGAAUUCAUAGAGUGCUGGAUGGAGAAAGGUGGAAAACCAUGAUCUUCACAGCCUGUGAGUAUGACACCUGAAGAAGAAUAAGAAACGGUUCAGAGGUUUCUUGAAAUUUUUUUUGAACUGCCACUGGUACAGAAAACCCAAUAAAUCGUAGAUCUAAUUGAAUUAGGAUUAUAAAGCAUCAUAUAUCAUGACAACGUCAAAAAAUCUCUUUUUACUGAUCCAAGAGCAGAUAGAGUACCACUAUUAUUUCACCAUAUAUGUGGAGGACUUUGAAUUUUUUCCAAAUUACUCUCAACAAUGCAUUGUGGACUCCAGUAAAACACAAAAUCAAAAUACAUGCGACUCUCCUAAGAUGAACUCUUCAAUUUCGUUCCUUUAGCAACCCUUUAUAAGGAACAAAUCCUUGAAAAUCGCGUUUAGGAUAUUAAAUACGGUACGUAAAGCCAUGGAUUACAUCGAAUUGAUUUGAAAUAUUUUUCAUGCACAUUUAAAUAAUUUUAUAUCAUUAGUUAUUAUCGUGAGCCUUUCUGCUGCAAGCACGUGUAGGUAUGGCUGUAUGGAGCACAAGAAGGGUUGAAAAUUUGCAUAUCAGGCACUCAUAGAGCAACUUCCAGGCCAAAAUCUAAGGACAUUAUUUGAGGUUGCAGGCUCCCAAGACCUCUCUCAAAUGCUUUGAACCCAAUUUGGCAGUAAAAUUGCAGAUUUAUAUCAAUAAAAAAGUUUGCAUAGAAAGCAGCCUUAUCCUUAUCAAUGUUAUUCCUUAUGGUUUAGCAGAGACAGCACUUUGAAAAAUAACAAGUUCACUAGUUUAUUUAUCCAAGUUAAUUUUCUUUAUGCUUCAUCCAAAUUCGCCUCAUGUCCAAUAAAGCAAUUUCAAUUUGACGUAACAAUCGUCUGGAGCCGGCUACCGCACAGUAUAAAAGGGUUGUAAUGAUUAAAUGACUCAUGCUUCAGAUUUUACAACUGUGAGCAUCGGUGCAUUCCACUUGUGGAUUUGCACUUUGUUUUGUGUUUUUGUGUUACUUACGAGCACACAACACGACGGAAUGGCGAGUUUCAGUGCGGACGGCAGUGUCCGCUGUUGGAUAUGCAUGAAGAACGGCGAGAACCGGUUUUUCAACGGUCAUGCCGCGCGGAAAGUUCAUGAGGAGACGGUGCAUGCACCACGUUACUCCCAGGACAAUAAUGCAAACGCAGAUGCAAGUUUUCGUUGGUAUACCAAGGAAUAUGCAUCUCAAACUAACAAUUUUAGCGGGUAUCAUUCAAGGAACAGAUCAAUGCCUACAAAGCUAGGCAGAGCAUGUUUCAAUCAAUUUGAAAAUCUCAAAAGGAAAUUGUAUUUCCAAGACGAGAGAGCAGAAGAUACCCCUGAAGGCCGUCAUUUGGCUAAGGUUGAUCAAUGGCUUGAAAACGGACCAGAUAUUCGAGAAUACGAGAUCAAGUCACUUAACACGAGAGUGGAACAAGCUCAGGAUGAGAUCAACGCUAGAAAGGCGGUCAUAAAGAAGUUGCAAGCAGAUCUCGAUCAUGCCCAAAUGACACUGACUGAAUCUCAGGUCAAAGAGACACAUCUGCAAGAGGAGCUUGAAGCAGCUAAAAGGCAGCUAAAGAAAGCUACAAAUGAGCAUCAUCGUGCAAUUGGGGUCAUUGAACAUGAAAGGGAACAGCAUCUGCAAAUGCAGCAGUCGAUGGAAAGUCGUUUAAAGUCACAAAAGUUGCAGAUAAUUAAGCUACGAGAAGAACUUGACAAUGAGAAGAUGGUGUCAAAGCAAAAGGAAAAUGAAUGCGAAGAGCUUAUUGUAAUCAAGCGAAAAAUGAAGCAAAUAGAACAAGAGUUGAUGGUGGAAAAACGCUUGAAGCUAGAAGUCAAACAGAGCAAAGAAGAAUUUCAGGCUGAGAUUGACGAACUGCUGUUAGAAAAUGAAGAAAUAAAAAAGAAGUUAAGACAAUGUCAUCAUGAUCUUGAACGACUUCAUGACGAAAACAGAUCUCUUGUCUCCGAUUAUAACUCCAUGAUGGACAGAGGCAAUAUCAUAGAGGCUGAACAACAGCUUCGUUUGAUGCAAGAACUCAUGGAGGAAAAAUUUGAAGAGGUGAGAGCUAAUUUUGUCAACGAAAUUGAAAGAUAUCAAUUUGAAGCUAAAGAAUUCAAGCAAAAGUUUGAGCAAACUACUGCAGAAUUAGAAAAAACACAGUCUGAAUUGGAAGCAGCUAUUUUGUACAGGCAGGAUGACAUUGACAGACUUUUGAAAGAAAAGCAGGCCCUGAAAGUCGACCUUAAGAGCAAAAAGACAAAGCUGCAAAGCUUAGAAGCCUUAAAUGGUGAACUGACCAGGCAUCUAAAAGAAAAGAAAGGGCACCUAAGUUAUUUUCAAAAUCUCACAAACUCCAAAGACAGCAAUGGGAAGCUCAAUACCUCUGACACACAGGUAUUAGAGAAAUGCAUGGAGAUCGAGCAGCUGCAGAAGAAAGUGGAAGAGCUACAAGAUAUAAAUCGUUGCGAAGAAACAUCAAAGCUUAAAGAAGAGUUGCAACUAACAAAGAAUGACCUACUUGUCAAAAAUCAGGAGAUUGAAGAUCUUAAUAAGAAAAAUGAAGACCUCUGUCACCUUUUAGAGGAGUUCCAAGGAAAGCUGCAGCAAAAAGGAAUGAGCCAUCAGAAGUAUGUGCAGGCAACAAAGGAACAAGACAGAAUAAGUCUUGCUAAAUCUGAACAAGAGAACACUUCCUUGAAAAGAAAAUUAACAGAGACAGAAGUUCAUGGACAGUCUCAAUUGAAAGAGCUCUUAGAUAUGGAAGAAAAGUACAAAGAGUUAACAGUGAAGCUUGAAAACAGCAUCGAGCGGGAGAAGUUUGAGUCAGUCAGAGUUGAACUAAACAAGCAAAGUUCUAAGAUCGAGAGUUUAUUGCAUGAGAAAGAAAUUCUUCAAUUGACUUUUAAGGAAGAGCAAGACGAUCUUAAUGACAAGUUAGACAAAGUUUUUGAAGCCAACGUUGAUCUAGAGAGGAACUGUAUUGACUUAGAGGCUCAUCUGGAAAAGAAAGAAACAACAAUAAAAUCAUUGGAAAAAUCUUUGGAGGAAAUGCAGGAAGGUACCAAGGUAACAGCCUCUAUGGCUGAUGAGAACAAAAGACUUAAGGGUGACCUCACGAAAUCACACGAUGAAGUUGCUACUCUCACGGCACAAAUUGUGAAGCUAGAGAAAGACUUUGAGGCAAAGGAAAAGGUGCAACAACGCGCGAAGGAUAUCAAGGAAAAUUUUCAGAAAUUUGAAAAAGAAAAGGUAGCUGCUGAAGGGCAAGUAUCAGAUCUAAUUAAAAAGAUUGAGCAAAUACAUGCUGAUAUGCACAAAAAGGAAGAAAAUUUUCGAAAAGAAAAUCUAGAGUUAAAUGAGCAGCUUCAACAAGCAAGGUCAAAAGAAAAGAAGCUUGUGGAGGACAACAUGAAUCUUAAGGAAAAGGUUGCAACACAAACCGACAUUGUUAAGGAUCUUGAUAAAACCAUCGAAAAGUUACAUGAAGAAAACAGAGAGCUAAAUGCUGCCAAAUCAUCGAUAGUGAAAAUAAAUGAUCGCGUUAAGGAGUUAGAAGGCAGCUGCUCCAGUUUAAAAGCAGAGUUGAAAUCAAAGAAGGAAGAAAUUAGACAGUCUUAUGCAAAGCAAGCUGACUUGUUUAAGAAGAUCAAAGACCGAGAAAACACUUGUGACAUACUCGAGAAAAAACUUUCUGCAGCCGAAGAGCAAGUCAAACAGCAAACAAUGCAUUGGCAAAGCAGCUCUGAAAAAGAUUUAGAGCAAUCUAAAUCAGCAAUUGAUGAGCUGACAAAGAGUAAAGAAGAACUGGUUAUGGAAAACAAGAAACUGAAAGAUCAGAUAGCCAAUUGCGAGCAAAAGCAAAUGAGUCGUGCAAUAAUUUCUGGAAAAGAAAAGGAGCUAUUAGAAAAGCUUCAAGAGCUGUCUUUGAAACUCGAAGAGAUGAAGGAAAGAGAAAAGCAAAUCCAGAAGCAUAACUAUGAGAUCAAAAAGACACUUGAUGCAAAAGAUCUUCAGCAACAGAAGCUCAAGGAAGAAGUUAAAGCUCUCAACUUAAGGCUAGAAGACAAGGAAUAUGAGAAUAAUGAUGUCAUAUCUAGUAUGGAUACUUUGAAGAAAGAAGCUGAGGACUGGCAACGAAAAUUUGAUGAUCUUGCCUCUACUUUGGCCGAUACAGAAUCUAAUAUUGAAAUAAUUGCAAAAAGGUCAGCAGAAAAAGAGAAAGAUUUGGAGACACAGAGGCAACACAUAAAAGAAGAACUUGAAACAGCAAAGUUUAGUCUGAAAGAGAAAGAGGCAGAACUUCUUUUGAUGAAGAAAAGAAGUGAAAACAACGAAUUGUUGUCAAAAAUUGUCGAUAAAAAAGGAGAAAAAAUAAAAGCAAAAAAUCAAAGCAUCCAAGAGCUUGACAAAGAGAAAAGAAAAUUAGUCGAUGAGGUGAGAAAUUUAGAAAAGAUAGUUAAUGAAUUAAAGGAGAAGAUAACAAAAUUUGAAAUGGAAAACAAAGAAUUUAAACAAGAAAAAGAAAUGUACGAAAGGGAACAGGAGAAGCAAAAGACAACAUCUCGGAUUCUUAAAAACACAGAGAACGAUUUAGAGAAAGCAUAUGAUGAGAUUCAUGAGCUAAAAUCCGAGAAAAAAGAAUUACUUUCCAAGUGUAAGCACCUUCAAACAAAACUCAGUCAAGUGGAGAACCAUCAGACAAUAGAAGCUGAAAGCUCUAAAGAAAACUUGGCCAAGGAAGAGAGUUCUUCCAGCAGUUAUGAAUCAGAUUUUGAAGAAGACAGCCAGUCUUCUGAAGAGAGAAACGAUGAAGAUAAAACAAGAUCCGUGGAAGAAUGCGAUUCUGAUAAAGACAACUCCACAGGAAAAUCUUGUGAAGAGGAAGGUGUGACUUUUGAUGACGAUCACAAUAUUUGGGACAUGAUACCCGACAAAUCAUCUACCACACCACUGGAGAAUUCAAAUGCAGUCUUUCAAAGGAAUCUUUCAAAUGGUAAGACCAGUGACAGGAAAGCAAGGUCUGAGUUGCAAAAUGGCGUAGAAAAGUGGCCUAAGGUAACGGAGAGGGACCAAAGCAAAGACCAAAGUCCUGAAUCUGAAGAAAUAAUGAAGUUUGAAGAAGAAUAUACUGUUUUGGAGGACAUUAGCGUAGAGAAAGACUGCCUUGCCAAUCAUCUCAGUGAAUAUGGUCACGUUGAGGCUAUAGAGCCACUAGAGAAAGAUGAAAAGCAAGAUGAAAGAAUUGGAUAUAACCUUGUCAAGAACUCCACUGCAGCUACCAAAUGCACUGAUGAAGUCAAACCUUACGAAAGUCAACCUGCAAAAAGAGGAAACCGGAGAAAAGAUGAACAUAAAGAAGGUAUUGGUUCCAGCAAGUAUUGCAUCGAUGAUGAAGAAGAUGACAUGCUCAGCUCGUUCGUAGCGAAACAAAAGACAAAAAAGACAAAAUCAUCUUCAAAGAUCAUAAAAAUCCCAUCUAAACAAAAGCAGAUGGCUAAAGAUUUGGGUUUUGACGACGAUGUUGAAAUCGAAGAUCUGAUAUCAGACAUCGAAACGAGCGACGAGAGCCAAAGCAAAGGUGACAAAAAAACCAAAAAAGCCAUUGGGAGUACCAGCUCAGUUGAUGGAUCAAGCCCCUCAGAUUCAGGCAGCGAUUCAGACACUGGCUUAAAACCACAGCAAAGUGGACUUUUGUUUAGUCCAUCACUUGCGUCACCAAAACCACUAGGAAGAAACAUGCUGUUACCGGCACUUGGGGCAAAACCAAGAUCGUUGCCUCCUCUUCGCAGCUUGAAAAAACCAACAUUUUGAUAAACUUAACUCUCUAUUUACUAGAUAUGUGAAUUUUUAAUACCUCAAAUAUUUCUAAAUGGCAUUUAUGAAGAUUUUGACACGAGAAUGAUUUUUUGUAUCAAAGAUUUCCAAAUUAAUAAUUCGUGACUCUUUUUUGCUAAUGUCUUGAUUUUUUAUUCAUUUGUCGCAAUAUUACGCGGUUGACUAUUCGGUAGAAGUUUGGGGUACAAUUCUACAACAGGAAUCGGAAAAAGGAAUCAAGGAGCAAUAAAUGAAAUAGAAAAAAAGGAUACAACUGAAAACCACGUUUAAGUCACGGUCUGUACAUUUCUUCAACCUAGUUUGAACAGUCAACUCGGAAUGAGAUCCAAUGGACUUUCAAAUGUGGUGAAACUGGGAUGGAAGUUAAUAUGAAGAGAGGUCAUGUCCCUCAGAUAGAAAAAAAUUUUUCGCAUCAAAACGAUGCAGUGAGCAAGCCAGGCAAUGUGUAUUCGUUAGUUUUUGUUUUGAGGCAAGCCAACUCAAGUGCAAUGAAAGCUCUCUACAUUAAGAAAGUCUUGUCUUUUCCCAACUAAAUGGGACAUUCUAUCUGAAUUGGACAUCCUAAAUGCAUGAGACAUCCCACUAGAAUAGGUCAUCCAAACUGAGUAGGUCAUUCAGGUUCUAAUUGAUGGUAAUAAUGAUAAUUUUUAAACCAGUUGUCAUUUCAUUUUGCAAAAACAAUGAACACUUACAUUGAAAAAACUAUUGAUAAAUGCAAAAGACAUUGUACACAAGCAUGCUGAUGUAAUGAUUAUGAUUGUAACAAUAGGGCACAAAAAAUUAAAAAUAAGGGCCGUUGAUAUUUUGUUGAUGACAAAAGUGGUGAUGAGGUUUAUAAUGACAAUAAAGAUUCUAGUGGUAAGGUGAUAUAGUGGAGAUAGAAUACUAGAUGGAAAGAAGCUCUGGGUUAGGCCAAUGUUUGUUUCUUUAGCAGAAUAUAGAGUAGGCGAAUCAAAUUAUAAUAAUAAUAAGAUAAAGAAACAAGACUUAAUUCAUAGAUUGGUAUAGUUUUUAAAGACUUCCUUGUGAUACGAUCCCACAAUAUAAAAACUUUGUUAGUUUAGCUGACAAAUUUGCACUGUAAAUGUUGAGCUAAUUUUAUGUGACUGAUUAAUUAAUGACACAGAACUGCAUUUAUAGUUCAUCCAUCACAGAUGUUAUGGGCAUUUUAAAGCUACUUUGAAAACAUAUGUCUCUGUAGAGGGUUUUGUAAGAUUUGAUUUGCCAACCCAGAAGAUAACUUGCUCCCAAUUGCACCCAAAAAAUUAGAUUACUUUGCAUAAGACCUAACAGGAAUGAAACAUUUUUUAAAAAAAACAGCCUGUAUCUACAUUGAGGCCAAUCAUAAACUCUGGAAAAUGAUGGGAGCAAUUCCAUCAAUCAAUCCGAACACCCUGAUUGCAUGUUUAAAAGAAUUUCGUCAGGCAGUCCCCAAAAUGUAAGGCAAAAAAAUUUGCCAGUCCCUAAAUCAAAAGAGGUAGUGAAAU